AUGACCAACAUCGAUACAGUAGAGCCAAAUAUUAAGACCACCGAAUACAUUAUGUUCUCCAUUGAUUCUACCACUUUUCAACAGGAUUUUAUUGGCCCGGAUGCCAUCUCUAUUCAUUUGAUCCGAACAUCUUUCAACCCAAAGACCGAAUUACUUAGUGUCAAGAUGGUCACUCGUGAACACUCAGAGCGCCUUCGCCGUCCACAAAGCCAUUGA